AGAUGGUCAUCAUUCUUGCUUCCAUACAAGAUGUUGAGACAUCAAGUCAGAAGUAUUUCACUACCUUGGUGUGACUUGUUAAACCACAUUUAGGACCCAGCUUCUCAGUGGACAUCGUUGUUCACAGCAUAACUCCCCUGGACCUGGUUGCAGUUGGAAACAUUCAUCAGCUCUGAAAGUGCUCUCCAAGAUGAGAAGUGAGGCAUUGCGGAAAGGAGGAGUCUUCUCACAAGUAUGCAAAGGCUUUUCUGAGCCACGGUUCACAUGCAGGGUAAAUCCCUCCUGCACACUGCAGACACAGGGAUCACAGCCAGCCUUGGAACUGCUUCUUCUACAGUCCUCUCGUCAGAAACAGCAAGCACUGGCCUACGGAUUGUCACUGUUGCAGUGGGAGGAACAGAGUCUGCUGCUAUCAAACAGGCCUGCAAUUUUCUGGGAGCCAUGAGCUAAAGGCAGAGUUGAUGAAAAAGAGUUCAAGUAAGAAAUAAGAGGGGAUAUCAUUUAAGAGGGAUCAUUAGCUGAGAGCAGCCCGGCUGGGUCGAGGCUGGGAGGCGGGGACGCAGUUGCAAGCAGUGGAGCAAGGUGGAGGCACGAAGACAGAAGACCAGGCUAAUGAAAGCAUGAGGUGGCUCUUGGGCAGCAGCUUGAAAAAAUUUGGACACGCUGACAGGGGAAACUAUGACUGGCUAAACAGUGAACCUGGUGGGCCACUUCUGGAAACAGAGCUUCAGAGCAGACAACAGACAAGUUCAACCAAAGAUGACAUAGAACCAUUUCUGUGCAUCAUACUGCCUGCCACCAUGAUGCUCUUCCUGGCAUUCCUGCUGCUCUUCCUGUACCGCCGUUGCCAGCGCCCCACUCAGCAGGGGCAGAUCUUCAGCAUUGACCUUCCUGAGGCCCUGCCUGAACAUGAUGUGUCCAAUUUCCUUUCUGCACUGCCCUGGAACAGUGAACAGAGUUUCCACUACUCCACACUGGUCCCUGAUGCCACAUUCCUCUCUGUGUGUUUACCUCCAUCGUAUGAGGAGGCCACCAUGAAGACUUCCAUGGAAGAGGCUCACAUUGAGCUCUCUCCAGACCCAGUGCCUCCUUAUGAAGAGAGCACAGUGCAGACCAGCAGCGCCAAAUAAACUUUCUAUGGAAGCACCUUAGCUGAAGCAUGCAACCCCCUCAAGGCACAAGGGUAGAACUGCUAUGGCCUUUAAAAUUCGUGAAAAGAUUCCAAAUGAGGCACCAAACCAAUGAAUUUAUGCAGGAAGAAACUUGAAGUAACAGGGAAUGAGUCUCUUCACCUCGUCCUAGGACUCUCUACCUUCCAUUUGUGGCAAGUCUACACAUGGUAUAGCACCAAAUCUGACCCAGACUGGCAGCAUGGGUAUUCCAGUUAACAAACAUGUCAUGAAAGGAUUAAACUUAAGGAAAGUUGAGAAGCUGUUCCUCUGCCAUCCAUCACCUACAAAGAAAUUUCAAUAAUGUUAUAGAUUCACUUGUCACAAAAAGGGCUUUUAGCACAUGCCUAUUUCAGUUUGGAGGUUUUUUCUAUGUGUUUAUUUUCAAUUGAGUCUUUGACAAGCUUAGUCACUCCAUCUGUGUGUGUUAACAUCACAUCAUUCUGCAGUGCUCUGGAAUGAUCACAACAACUCUCAGGAAAGCAAAUAAAUAUAUAAUAUAUACAAAAUUUCCAGCAACUGUCUCCAAAGGUUCUAAUGUGCACUGUGGAUACAGGCUGUCUUUUCUCACAGUUGAACAAUGAGAACAAUCAGAGAAGAUCUGAUUGUUCUGGGUGUGGAAGAUUCCAUACAAGAGCACAUUCACACUAUUACUGCAAGCUUCCUGCCAAGGUCUGCAAGGUGCCAAUGUUCCAGUCUACUCGCUUGACUUCUUUUCCAAUUUACAAGUCUAAAAUAAUAAACCAUGUGACUUUUUUGGUGCAGUGUGUAAAGAAGCUGAAGAAAAAUUAAUAAAUUCAAAUGCACCAAAAAAAUCUGGUCUGUAUUU